UCGGGGAGCUUCUGGGACCCACCCCCGGUUUCCACGCUGCAAGAGUGACACGAGUCCGCACCACUUCGCCUCCCCGUCGGCGGCGAUUCCCGCACGCGCACGAGCGCGCAUGGCCGUUGUGGUGGCCGCGCCGGUGGAGAUCGGGCUCGAUGCGGAGGCGGGACGCGGCGGGGCCGGGGCCGGGGCCGGGGGUGAGGUGCCACUGGAGGUCGCUGGGAAUGAGGUGCUGCCGCCGGUCGAGGUCGGCGGGGAGGGGGUGCCGCCUCCGGUCGAGGUGGACGAGAAGGGGCCGCCGCCGGUGGAGGGAGUACCGGUGGCCGUCACCGCGAGAGGGGAGAAGGAGAAGGAGGGGAAGGGGAAGGGGGAGGGGGUGAAGUGGCUGGGGCAUUACUCCUCCGCGCAGGACAUUCUGCUCGUCGGCGACGGGGACUUCUCCUUCUCUCUGGCGCUGGCCACCGCGUUCGGCUCCGGCACCAACCUCGUCGCCACAUCCCUCGACACCUACGAGGAUCUGAAGGACAAGUACAGCAAAGCAGAGUCAAAUCUAACAGAGCUGAAAAGAUUGGGUGCCACAUUGAUGCAUGGCGUCGACACGAAAAAAAUGAAGUUGCACCCUGACUUGAAGAACAGAAAGUUUGAUCGAAUUAUCUUUAAUCUUCCUCAUGCUGGCUUCAAAGGAAAAGAAGACGACUUGCAUAUGAUCAAGUAUGUGGUAGUUGAUGCCCUAGAUUUGGACAAUUGUUCAUGUUCUUCAAAUGUAUUGCUCGCACAGGGAGCUGGUGUGGGGCUUCUUCAACAAUGCACUUCACCUUUUUCGGCCUUAUUGUGAAAUCCACAUUAGCCACAAGACAGGAGGGGCGUAUGACAGAUGGGAACUUGAAGACCUAGCUUCUGAGGCUUCUCUUGUUCUGGUUGACAAAGUUGCUUUCUGACAGGAAGAUUACCCCGGGUAUAACCAAAAGAGAGGAGAUAGCGCAAGGUGCGAUGAAGCUUUCGAUCUAGGCACAUGUUUCACAUUCAAGUUCCGGAUCAGAGACUAUCAGAAGAACCUGAAUGAAAACAUGACUGGUUCAAUCUCAUUCCUUGGAACCAUGACCCAAGCAACUGAAAGAGGCCCAUUUCAUCUGUUUCUGCCUGAUGAAGCUUGGCCUCGGCAACAUCUUCCUCCACCACAUACCUCAGUUCACACGCCGAUAGCUCUGGAGCCUUACAGGGUUGCACAAAGGCAAUAUCCGGAUUUUAGACUGAACUUUGAUGGCAUAGUGAGAGACCCGUAUAAUCAACAACAGGGCAAUGCCCAGCCAAUGAUCAGAAGUAUAAAGCCAUCUCUGAGGGCUCUGCCCGAUCCAGGCGGCACCAUUCCUCCACCUAUGAGCAGAAUCCCAUGUCCUGAUCUCCUUGCACCUGAGGAGCCUCGGUAUCGACAUAAACCUACUCCUGAUGCUCCAGGGAGGGAUCACUCUUGCUUGGCGUGGGAACACCCGUGGAGUCUGCAUAGGGAACACCAGCGGGGUCUGCAGAGGGAGUGUGAAAUGCAGGGACAGGUGAUGCCCGCGGCCAGGGCUGGCCCUGAGGGCGGGCGAGCGGGGCGGCCGCCCCGGGCCCCCCGAAACCAAGGGCCCCGCAGGCGAUGUGUGUACUGUGUACAGAUACAGGGGACAGGGAAAUAGAUGCCUGGCUCAAAAUCCUGCCGACUGCCGAGGUGCCGCAGGCGCCGGCGCAACUAAACCCGUGGAAUCUGAAGAUUGCCUCCUUCAACGCAUCUCGUCUGCAAUUGAUGAGUGGUCACGCAUAGAGGAUCUCAGGGAUCUGACGGCUGAGACAGCAGGGUUAGUUCUAGCUCCUCCGUUGCUCUGUAUGUAGUGCAAUGGCCGAUUGGCAUCAACAUAACUGAUUGAUGGAAUGGGAAGGUAUAUAGCAUUUGCCCUUAGCAGUUUUUUUUAGCAUAUUUGCCCUUAGCAGUUCUGCCGCAGCGCUGUGCACAUGAUUAAUUGAUGUUUGAUUUAUGAUCAAUAUUUCGUAUUCAUUACAGCGGCCUAUUGAUUUUUGAUUAAUAGAUAUUAUUAGGAAAUAGGAACUGCGAGUUCUACAUGAUAAUUGGUAAUAUUUUAUUGGGUUGAUCUAGUACUUUUGUAGCUUUACACUAGUUUUGAAGUACUAAUGGUUGUUUCCAAAUUUUUGGCACACCAUCAUAUCGUCCAGUAAGCAUGCAUGUGGCAGUGAAAGAAAAAAAGAAAAAAAAGGAAUACGUAGAUGAACAUAUAGAGAGGAUCCAUUAUCAAUUAUGAUUUCAUAUUUAUACAAUAUUUGAUGUGAAUAUUGUUUUUAGAUGCACUUAAGUUUUAGAAGUAGCAUGUGUAUUAAUUAUAUAUACAUAUAUCCAUUAUUUACUGUGUAUAGCAAGGGCCCCAUUUUUAUUUUCCCCCUGGGCCCCUAAAACCUCAGGACCGGGCCUGCCCGCGGCGACCAGCUUGAGACAUUUGGCAUUGUUGGAACGUCAGCAGAGUUACAGACAGUUUGUUCAGAAGGAGCAGCUGCGAAAAAUAGUUGCGUUGUAUGGUUGUAUGCCAUGAAGGGUCUUUGGGAGGUGUACGUGUAGAGCUCUAGAAUAGAGGAGCCGGGGCUUUCCAAAUCACACUAGUUACUACGUUCGGGUGAGUGACCAGACAUGAGUCAUCAGAGUUUUGUGUUCCAGACUUCCAGGUGUGAUUACUCAUCAGUGUUUUGUGCCCAAGGCUUGUACAUUUUCCUAUUAAUUAACUGUUUACUC